UUCAGGGGCCGUCGUAAAAGUGUCGUCUCCGGCGCGUCGGGCUGGCCACAGGUUUCCGCUCGCCCGCGGCCGGGGGUCGAGAACUGCGGUCAUUCGUUUCCCUUAAGAUGGCGGACGAUGAGACAGACAGCGGCGAGAGGAUGGACGUCAGCCCCGAGCCUUCCCUGGCCCCUCAGCCGCCGACCUCGUGGUGGGAUCAACAAGUUGAUUUUUAUACUGCUUUCUUACACCAUUUGGCACAAUUAGUGCCAGCAAUUUAUUUUGCUGAGAUGGACCCAGAUUUGGAAAAGCAGGAAGAGAAUGUACAGACAUCAAUAUUCACUCCAUUGGAAUGGUACUUAUUUGGAGAGGAUCCGGAUAUUUGCUUAGAGAAAUUAAAACACAGUGGAGCAUUUCAGUUGUGUGGGAAGGUUUUCAAAAGUGGAGAAACAACAUAUUCUUGUAGGGACUGUGCAAUUGAUCCAACAUGUGUUCUCUGUAUGGACUGCUUCCAGAGUAGUGUUCAUAAAAACCAUCGUUACAAGAUGCAUACUUCUACUGGAGGAGGGUUCUGUGACUGUGGAGACACAGAAGCCUGGAAAACCGGUCCCUUCUGUAUGGAUCAUGAACCUGGAAGAGCAGGCACUACAAAAGAGACCUUGAAUUGCCCAUUGAAUGAAGAGGUGAUUGCUCAAGCCAGGAAAAUAUUCCCUUCAGUGAUAAAAUACUUUGUAGAAAUGACUAUAUGGGAAGAAGAAAAGGAACUGCCUCCUGAACUACAGAUAAGGGAGAAAAAUGAAAGAUACUAUUGUGUCCUUUUCAACGAUGAGCACCAUUCAUACGAUCAUGUGAUAUACAGUCUACAAAGAGCUCUUGACUGUGAGCUCGCAGAGGCACAGUUGCACACCACUGCCAUAGACAAAGAGGGUCGCCGGGCUGUCAAAGCAGGCGUUUAUGCUGCUUGCCAGGAAGCAAAAGAGGACAUAAAGAGUCAUUCAGAAAAUGUCUCUCAGCACCCGCUCCACGUGGAAGUGUUGCACUCCGUGGUUAUGGCUCACCAGAAAUUUGCUUUGCGCCUUGGCUCUUGGAUGAACAAAAUUAUGAGCUAUUCAAGUGACUUUAGGCAGAUCUUUUGCCAGGCCUGCCUUGUAGAAGAACCUGGCUCUGAAAAUCCCUGUUUUAUAAGCAGACUAAUGCUCUGGGAUGCAAAACUUUAUAAAGGAGCCCGUAAGAUCCUUCAUGAACUGAUCUUUAGUAGUUUUUUUAUGGAGAUGGAAUACAAAAAACUCUUUGCUAUGGAAUUUGUGAAGUACUAUAAACAACUGCAGAAGGAAUAUAUCAGCGAUGAUCAUGACAGGAGCAUCUCGAUAACCGCACUGUCUGUUCAGAUGUUCACUGUCCCGACCCUGGUAUGUAUGAGAUUUUCUGAAUACAUCCUGAUUAGCAAGCCUCUAAUAUGGACAGAAAGGUUAAGAGUGCAAUUCCUUGAAGGUUUCCGGUCUUUCUUGAAGAUUCUUACCUGUAUGCAGGGAAUGGAAGAAAUCAGAAGACAAGUUGGGCAGCACAUUGAAGUAGACCCUGACUGGGAGGCUGCCAUUGCUAUACAAAUGCAGCUUAAGAAUAUUUUGCUCAUGUUCCAAGAGUGGUGUGCUUGUGAUGAAGAUCUCUUACUAGUGGCUUAUAAAGAAUGUCACAAAGCUGUAAUGAGAUGCAGUACAAAUUUCAUGUCUAGUACCAAGACAGUAGUACAAUUGUGUGGUCAUGUUUUGGAAACCAAGUCCUACAAAGUGUCUGAGGAUCUUGUAAGCAUACAUCUACCACUCUCUAGAACGCUUGCUGGUCUUCAUGUACGUUUAAGCAGACUAGGUGCUGUUUCAAGACUGCAUGAAUUUGUGCCUUUUGAGGGCUUGCACGUAGACGUCCUAGUGGAGUACCCUUUGCGCUGUCUGGUGCUGGUUGCCCAGGUUGUUGCUGAGAUGUGGCGAAGAAAUGGCCUGUCUCUCAUUAGUCAGGUUUUUUAUUACCAGGAUGUUAAAUGCAGGGAAGAAAUGUAUGAUAAAGAUAUCAUCAUGCUUCAGAUUGGAGCUUCUAUAAUGGAUCCCAACAAGUUCUUGUUACUGGUACUUCAGAGGUAUGAACUAGUCGAUGCUUUUAACAAGACCGUAUCCACGAAAGACCAGGAUUUGAUUAAACAGUAUAAUACAUUAAUAGAAGAAAUGCUUCAGGUCCUCAUCUAUAUUGUGGGGGAGCGUUAUGUACCUGGAGUGGGAAACAUUACCAAGGAGGAAGUCAUAAUGAGAGAGAUCACUCACUUGCUCUGCAUCGAGCCUAUGCCACACAGUGCCAUUGCCCGAAACCUACCUGAGAAUGAAAAUAACGAAACUGGCUUAGAGAAUGUCAUAAACAAAGUGGCCACAUUUAAGAAACCGGGUGUAUCAGGCCAUGGAGUCUAUGAAUUGAAAGAUGAAUCACUGAAAGACUUCAAUACGUACUUUUACCAUUACUCUAAAACACAGCACAGCAAGGCUGAACAUAUGCAGAAGAAAAGGAGAAAACAAGAAAAUAAAGAUGAAGCAUUGCCACCGCCACCUCCUCCUGAGUUCUGCCCUGCUUUCAGCAAAGUGAUCAACCUUCUCAACUGUGAUGUCAUGAUGUACAUUCUCAGGACCAUAUUUGAGCGGGCAGUAGACACAGAUUCUAAUUUGUGGACAGAAGGGAUGCUCCAAAUGGCAUUCCACAUAUUGGCACUGGGCUUGCUGGAAGAGAAGCAGCAGCUUCAGAAAGCUCCCGAAGAAGAAGUGAUGUUCGACUUCUACCAUAAGGCUUCAAGAUUGGGAAGUUCAGCCAUGAAUGCCCAGAAUAUACAAAUGCUUUUGGAGAAGCUCAAAGGAAUCCCCCAAUUAGAAGGCCAGAAGGACAUGAUUGCAUGGAUACUCCAGAUGUUUGACACAGUGAAGAGAUUAAGAGAAAAAUCUUCUUUAGUUGUGGCAACCACUUCAGGCUUGGAAUCCAUUAAGAGUGAUGAGACUACUCAUGAUAAAGAAAAAGCAGAACGGAAGAGAAAAGCCGAAGCUGCUAGGCUUCACCGCCAGAAGAUCAUGGCCCAGAUGUCCGCCUUACAGAAAAACUUCAUCGAGACUCACAAACUCAUGUAUGACAAUACAUCAGAAAUGCCAGGAAAGGAAGACUCCAUUAUGGAGGAAGAGAGCACUCCAGCGGUCAGUGACUACUCUAGAAUUGCUUUGGGUCCUAAGCGGGGUCCAGCUGUUACUGAAAGGGAGGUGCUGACAUGCAUCCUCUGCCAAGAAGAACAAGAGGUGAAACUAGAAAACAAUGCCAUGGUAUUAUCAGCCUGUGUCCAGAAAUCCACUGCCUUAACCCAGCACAGGGGGAAACCCAUAGACCUCUCAGUGGAAAUCCUGGACCCUCUUUUCAUGGAUCCAGACCUGGCACAUGGAACUUAUACAGGAAGCUGUGGUCAUGUAAUGCAUGCAGUGUGCUGGCAGAAGUAUUUUGAAGCUGUACAACUAAGUUCUCAGCAGCGCAUUCAUGUUGACCUGUUUGACUUGGAGAGUGGAGAGUACCUGUGCCCACUCUGUAAGUCUCUGUGCAACACUGUCAUCCCCAUCAUUCCUGUGCAGCCUCAGAAGAUCAACAGUGAGAAUGCAGAGGCCCUUGCUCAGCUCUUGACCUUGGCACGGUGGAUACAGACUGUUCUUGCCAGGAUAUCAGGUUAUAAAAUGAAGCACAGUAAAGGAGAGGCUCCGGCAUUGUUUAAUCAAGGAAUGGGAGAUUCGACUUUUGAGUUUCAUUCCAUCCUGAGUUUUGGAGUUCAGUCUUCGGUGAAAUAUUCUAUUAGUAUCAAGGAAAUGGUCAUUCUCUUUGCCACAACGAUUUACAGAAUUGGACUGAAAGUGCCUCCUGAUGAACUGGACCCGCGAGUGCCCAUGAUGACCUGGAGCACAUGUGCUUUCACUGUCCAGGCCAUUGAAAACCUAUUGGGAGAUGAAGGAAAACCUCUAUUUGGAGCACUUCAAAAUAGGCAGCAUAACGGUCUGAAAGCAUUAGUGCAGUUUGCGGUUGCACAGAGGGUUACCUGUCCUCAGGUCCUGAUACAGAAACAUCUGGUUCGUCUCCUGUCAGUUGUUUUUCCUAACCUACAAUCAGAAGAUACACCAUGCCUUCUAUCUGUAGAUCUAUUUCAUGUUUUGGUAGGUGCUGUGUUAGCAUUCCCAUCCUUGUACUGGGAUGACACCGUUGACCUGCAGCCUUCAUCCGUUAGUUCUUCAUAUAACCACCUUUAUCUCUUCCAUUUGAUCACCAUGGCACACAUGCUUCAGAUACUUCUUACAGCAGACACAGGGCUCUCCCUUGCUCAGGGUGAAGAGGACUGUGAGGAGGCUCGAUGUGCAGCUGCUUUCUUUGCGGAAGUCUCACAGCACACGGACGGCUUCAUUGGCUGUGGCCCUUCUGGCUGGUCCCUGUGGGUCUCACUGAAGAAUGGCAUCACCCCUUAUCUUCGCUGUGCCGCAUUAUUUUUCCACUACUUACUUGGGGUGACUCCCCCUGAAGAACUGUUUGCCAAUUCUGCUGAAGGAGAGUACACGGCACUCUGUAGCUAUCUAUCUUUGCCCACAAAUUUGUUCCUGCUUUUCCAGGAAUAUUGGGAUACCAUAAGGCCUUUACUGCAGAGGUGGUGUGCAGAUCCUGCCGUGCUCAGCUCUCUGAAGCAGAAAAGUGCUGUGGUCAGGUACCCAAGAAAAAGAAAUAGUUUGAUAGAGCUUCCUGAUGACUACAGCUGUCUUCUAAAUCAAGCUUCUCAUUUUAGGUGUCCACGGUCUGCAGAUGAUGAGCGAAAGCAUCCUGCCCUCUGUCUUUUUUGUGGAGCCAUCCUGUGUUCUCAGAACAUUUGUUGCCAAGAAAUAGUGAAUGGGGAAGAGGUUGGAGCUUGCGUUUUUCAUGCACUUCAUUGUGGCGCUGGAGUCUGCAUUUUCCUAAAAAUCAGAGAAUGCAGAGUGGUCCUUGUGGAAGGGAAAGCCAGAGGCUGUGCUUAUCCAGCCCCUUACUUGGAUGAAUAUGGAGAAACAGACCCUGGGCUAAAGAGGGGAAACCCACUUCACUUAUCUCGGGAGCGAUAUCGGAAGCUGCAUCUGGUCUGGCAACAGCACUGCAUUAUUGAAGAGAUUGCUCGGAGCCAGGAGACUAAUCAGAUGCUAUUUGGAUUCAACUGGCAGUUACUCUGAGCUCCAACUCUGCCUCAAGACAAUCAUGAGUGACAUCAAUAAUAAAGACUGAUUUAAAAUUCCAGAGAACUUUCUGUGGACGGGAAAGUAUUGGAGGGUCUUUUGAUCCAUGUCCAGAUUCACAUACAUUAAUAAAAUAUUCCUUAUGGGAUAUUGCUUUCAGUUAGUAAACAUAAACUUCAAGGGAAAAACAGGACAUAGAUUAAAAACAGACAUAGUUUUGUGUUCUAGAACACUAAAGAAAUGCUUGUUCACCCAAGUGUCUAUUUCUGCAAAUAUUUCCAGAAAACUCAUUCCCUUUCAUAACUGUCCUAUUUCAUUUCUUAUCAUCCACCUGGUAAAUGAAAUCACAUCAAGCAUUUGUGGACGUUUUCACAUCUGGUUGACUUCUCUGCACUUUCGUACUUGGCAUUUUCCUGAGUGUGAUUCAGCUUGCAUUAGAUCUCUACAAGAUGCUGGUCACCUGUGCUGGUCUAAAGAGGAACUGCAGAACUAUGCAGUAUCUUUCAACUGAAAAAGGUUUUAAAAAUGUAAACAAUUUUCUUAUUUAAGGAAAUAUCCUUACUGUACCACCCACGGCUUGAGCCAGCAGCAGAUCUAAGUCUCUCUGUGAACUGUGAGUGGUGCGAGUCUGGAAAGCGUCCUUCCAGGUAGACCUCGAGAAGAGUCAGGAUGAUGUGCUCACUGUGCAUUCCGUAUACAGAAGCCUCUUGUCCUCACCUGGCUCUAGACAGCUCGGUGGAGUCACAGGUGGUCCGUUCCCCUUUCCAAAAGCAGAUUUCUGCAGCGAGAUCAUGAGUGCUCACGUGAGUGGCCCCAUCCUAUUUGACUCUCAGAAAACUUUUGGUGUUCUGAAGCAAACUCUCUGUAGAAUAAGAAUCAGAAAUGCCCUGUGAAGGGUCAUUUAAGCUGAAAUUUGAGCAGCCAUAUUUAAGCCAGUUCUGCGGCCUUCUAUGGCUUCUAAGAAACAGAUCUUAGAUUUGAUGCCUGUCUAUGUGAAACCUUUUCAUAAACUAUGGUUUAUGACUGAUAAAAAUAGCCAAAAAAAAAAAAGGCCUUGUAAUCAUCAGGCCUGUGUCCUAUUAUAACCUGCUAUAGUUGAGCCAUCUCGCUUAAAACUGAUAUAGCUCUCGAGUCUGUGCAUAACUUCUUGGUUCUUGGUUUUAACCUUUUAUAUCAAGAAGUUGUGAAUUAACUGCAGAGAGAAGAGCAGCUGAUAACUUGUUUUAGCUUCUGUGAUAUUGGAUAAUGUUAGCAGUUGCAAGGUGUAUUUGAAGAUAUCUUUUCUUUUGCCCUUGGCUGCUGCUGCCAUGUAUGUGUGCAAGUGUAUUUCUGCCACCUCUGUCAAGUGAAGGCAAGAAAAUGAAAAGGAAAUUUUGCUGAGUGAUGAGUGAUACGCAUUUGGGGCUAGAUUUAUUGCCCAUUUUAUGGAAAAGUGUGUUUUGCAGUAAGAAAUUCAUAUAAGCAGGCACCAGAAUCACAAUCAUGAUUUCCUACUUAGAUAAUUACUAAUCAGAUGAAAUCAGGAACUAGAUACAACUAUAAUGUACAGUUCACAGCAAUUUAUGGGAGACGAAGAUCAGAAAAUUCAGUAUUUUGCUUGUGCGAUUUGCCAAUAUGAUUAAGUGAUUUGAACAUUACCCUUUGUUUUUUAUAUAACUUUUUGAAGGGGUUGUUUAGUUCUGAAAUCUGGACCAGAGCAGGCAGCAGAAGAUGCUCAUUUCUGCCUUUGUUUUCUGGCCCCCAUUUGGCAAGGAUAAAGACUUUAUUUUUAGCCUUCUUAGAUUCAAUUUGUAAACCGCGGAGCUAAGCUGUCAAGCUGCAGGAGAACUAGCAGGCACUGGCCAGCCGACCUUUACUGCCAAAGAACCUAAUUUAUUACUGAGUUCUGCACUGGAGGUGAACAUAUGCCACAGUGCUGCCCACCCAAGGGAUUUCUAAUGAUAAUAUCAUGACAAAUGAUUUAAGCCUGCUUAUCAAGUUUACGUAAGCAACCAAGUCACUUUAUUUAGUGUAAUAUAUGAAAGAAUUGGUUCAGUAGGAUGGCUCCGACUCUAAGUUUCUAAUAUUGGUGAGGGGCUGGCAAGGAUUUUAAUGAUACAGUAAAGAAAAACAUAUAUCUGUAUAAUUAAUUUAUUAUGUUAGUGUAUGGGCUGUGAGUUCACCUUUUAGUGGUCAUUUGUCAUUUCAUAACAACUAUGCAUUUUGGUUCAUUGUGAUGAUGAUCUCUAUUUAGUGACUGCAACAUGUUUAUACCACUGAUUCAAAUUCCAUUCAUGAUGAAGUUAAACAAAUGAUGCAUAUAUUGAUAUCUUUUAUUGCAAAAAUGUAAAUUAAAAACUUGUAUAAUGUUCCUGUGCUUUUUGAAAUAAAAUACCUUAUAUGUGUAUAUUUAAAAAA